AGGGGGAAAAACCGGCUAUAAAUCUUACCACAUAGCAUGCUAUAUAUCUUGAAAAAGGAAAAGCUCUUUUACCAACGCUCUCAAGAGUUGAAAGAACCGCCAAUUGCAGAUGAGCCCCAAAUCAAAACCCUAAUUCGAUCCCCAAUCUGUCGCGCAUAACCAAGAACAAAGGUAAAACAAGAAUGAAAAUGGAGGCGUGGGUACCACUAUUCGAAAUUUUUCUAAAUUCACCGUGCCCCGAGAGCGAGGCCUCACUAUGGCUACAGAAGAACUUCAAUCCUUCGUCCAACUCAACUCCCAUUUCAACUGCCUCUCUCAUUUCACUGCUCACAAGACCAGUUGACGAUUCUUCUACUCAGGGAAAAAAGGUUGUGAGGAUAGAGACUCUGCCAUUUACGGUCCAAGCAAGGAUUUUCUCGUUUCUUGCUUACGACCAUCGGAGGUUCUGCAAAAAGGACCUGUGCAGGCUUGCCCGAGUUGUGCUGAGUGGGGAAGGUGUUCUCGAUUUCUGGGUCAAGAAAGCUGCCCACCAGCUGCUCGAUUUAUUGCCUGUGUCGAACAAUAAAUGGAUUUCUCAUUUGAAUUUGGACUCUGAGGAAGAAAACACAAAGGAUGAGGAGUUGUUCAGCUCGAUGCCUGACUGGCUCAAAGAUGCCGAUAAAGAUGGCGAGCGGAUGUUCCCAUGGCUUCCUAUGUUGCCGGACGAGUUUAACGAGAAUAUACCCGAAAGCACUGAAGGCGAUUUUCAAGUUGACAUGGAUGAGAGUAAUCAAGAAUUAGAAUUAGGUGAAGUGGUUCGUGAGGUGAAUAUGGACGAAACGAGUCUUAGCGACCCUAUAGACGAGGCAGUUGAGAUAAAGGCGAAAUCUUUGAAAACCCGGCUUCGAAAUCUCGAAUCCGCCCCGAAUGCUUCGGAAUUGGCGAAAGAUAUUCGAGAGCUUUGUUUACAGACCAAAAGGGGUUCUUUGGUAAUUUUGACCUCAGUCGAGCCAUGGGUCGUGGAUGACGAGACUGCAGCCGUUUUGAUUUCUCAUUUGUGCAGCACGAAUGAAGUUUUGAAAAAGCUUGAUUGGCCGGCCCAUGUCUUGUGCUCGUUUGUCCUUCCCAAGUUUUUAUCCCUCAAAGAGCCGUCUUCUCGUGUUUUAAUGAUGGCAGUGAUAGAAUACUGCAAGGCACACCAAAGGGCGGCUGAGUAUGCGCUUUUGUUUCCGUUGAUUUUACGAAAAGAGGGCUUAAAUAGUCCCAUAUGUGACGUGAUCACUAGAAUCGUGAAAGAUUGCUUGCACCCAGCCCAAGUUUCCGCAUUUUGCCAGAAAGUGCUGUGUGGAGAUAGAAAUGAACAGAGGUUCGUGUGUUUGGCUUGCCACAGGUGUUUGAUUGGUGAAGAUUUGGUGUUUACGGAGUAUUUGUUUUGCCUUUGGCAAAACAUCUUGAAUUGUAAUGUUCGUUUGACGCGGGAUUCUGUUGAUGAGCUUGUCAGACGGGUUUGUGAGUUCAGUGCAGUGUAUUCCAAGUCUUUGCGAUUUGGAAAUUUCGUUUUGUGCCUGGUGAGCAAGUGCGGUGUAUUCGUGAAACCGCAUAAGUGUGUAUUGACUGCAGCUGUUGAGAAAACUGAGUCCUUAGUGACAAAAUCGAUACUGUCGAAAUUGUCUAGCUUGUGAACUUUUAUCUUUUUCCUUUCUCUUUGUUUUUUUCAGGAGUCCAAAGGUUUAGGAAAGAGUUCUACAUGUUAUAUUAUGUGUUAGUUUGUUAAUUAAUCAAGCAAUAGCAAGUCUAGUCGUUGUCCUGUAACCCGAGUUACGAGCCAUUGAGGCUAGACUCUCUGAAAAGCGAGAAACUCAUCAAAGAUCAAAGAAAGAGUUAAAACGGAUGAUUAUCCUGUUACACCCUGCCUAUCUUCUUGGAACUUGGAAGGUGAAGAGUUGUCUUUUGCUGAUUUUCAAAUAUAAAUGGGAAAAUUUAUUAAUUCAGCCCAAAGAUAAAUGAG